AUGUCACACGAAAGAAAGAACCGGGCUCUGCUGAUUGUCAAUUACGAUUUUUGCAGCAGAUGGUCCUCAGAGAAGCUCCAGUCAAGACCCGGGGCCAAGAAGGAAGCAGACAGGCUUUUUAAAGCAUUAUCCCACUGCAACUACACUGUGAAACUGUGCUAUGAUUUGACAGCAAAGGAAAUAGAAGACGUUUACGAGGAAGAAUGUGAUGCAGAACAUGGGGACUGUUUUGUAAGCAUCAUUUCCAGUCACGGAACAGAAGGGAUCAUCUUUGACUGCGAAGGACAACCUGUUCAGCUCACACAGAUUUUCAAGAUAUUAUCACCCCAAAAAUGUCAUAAACUGGCAGGAAAGCCCAAAAUCUUCUUCAUACAGGCCUGCCGUGGAGAGGACAUAGAACAUGGCGUGUGCCUGCAGACAGAUGGCGCUGGACCGCAGAGUGACUGCUUCUCACACUAUCUCUCCAUCCCGGACAAUACCGCAGUCAUGUUUUCUUGCAGUCCCGGUUAUGUCUCCUUCAUCAAUCCAUGGGAAUCCAUGUUCCUCAAGGCCUUACUGGACUUGCUCAGAGGAGAGGAACGUGGCCUUGAAGUCACCCGUUUAAUGACUCGAAUUAGCUGGAAAGUUGCCUACCAUUGUGAAGCGAAAGGAACUCACAGGGGCGCGAAAGAGAUGCCCUGCUUUGUCACUAACAUGGUGGAAGCAGUUUACCCCUUCAGAAGACAAGCCUCAGGCGAUCAGGAUUUUAGACUGACCCCAGAGGAAGGCGGCAUCCAUCCUACUUCAUGA